UGAGUCAUCAGACAGUCUACGAAUUUGAAAAAUCAUACUAGCAAUUAGUGAACUUUAGCCCUGGGUCUGAUUCAACGCUCUAACCAUUUUCAACUAAAUGGAACUAUUUAAAGCAGACGCUAAAAAAACUCAUGAUGAUAGUCUGGCUGCGGUCUGGGUGUUUCAUACAAAUACAGUAUACAUUCACCUGGGAAAAAAUGUGGUGUAAUCUUACAACACAUUAGUAUACCUACUUAAACCCAAAUUAGGCUUAAUUUGCCGGCAAUAUAAAAAGCAGUUCGCCCAUUAUGGGAUCAAUAGUAAAAGAAGCAGCCAAAAAUGGUGGUACCAACAUUUGAUUUAUUAGGAGGAUACAAAAUCCCCGUUGUGGGCCUUGGCACAUGGCAAUGCAACAAUGAAAAAGAGUUGGAAGACGCGUUGAAUGCAGCCUUGGAAAACGGGUAUCGGCACAUCGAUACGGCCUAUCUUUACGAAAACGAGCACAUCAUUGGCAGAGUGCUUAAGGAAUGGUUCACCUCCGGAAAACUCAAAAGGGAGGACGUUUUCAUUACCACCAAACUUCCCAUGGAGGGUAUUCAUCCCGACCGAGUGGAGCCGUUUUUAAAAAAAUCCCUAGAAAAUCUGCAACUGGACUACCUGGAUCUUUAUUUGAUUCAUUUUCCCGUUGGAAUCACGCAGAGGAAAAACCCUAGCGACUCUUUGCACACCAUUCCUACGGAUCACAUCGCCAUAUGGAAGAAAUUCGAACAGCAGGUCGAUGCGGGACGCGCGAGAAGUAUCGGAAUAUCGAAUUUCAACAUAAAACAAGUGGACAGGAUAGUGAAAAAUGCCCGCAUCAAGCCAGCCUCGCUGCAGAUUGAAAACCACAUUUUCCUCCAACAAGCAGAAUUGGUGAAGUUUGCUCAAGACCAGGGAAUUGUCGUUGUGGCCUACUCCCCAUUGGGCAGCCCCGCAUAUGGGAAUUAUGUGGCUACCUUGGGGAUAACUGCCAAACCAACUCCAAGCAUCCUCAACCACCCAAAAGUGAACGAGAUUGCAAAGAAGCACGGAAAAACCGCCGCACAUGUCGCCUUGCGGUUCCAAAUUCAGCGCAAAAUCGCCGUGAUACCGAAGAGCGUUACGGCCAACCGGGUCCAGGCAAAUAUCAAUCUUUUCGAUUUUACUCUGGAUGACCAGGACAUGAAGGCUUUAAGGCAGCUGGACAUUGGCGAAGCUUGUCGAGUCUGCGACUUCAAGUUCGUGAAAGUAUCUUCUGAUCAUCCCGAAUGGCCAUUUCCCCAGUAAGAUCUGAAACAACUUGAAUCUACGUUGACUAGAAAUCGACGUUUAUUGCUAAAAAACAUUUUAUCACA